AUGGAAGGGCCCCUGGAGUGUGGGGAUGAGUCUCCAGACUCCCAGGGCCACACCACCGACUGGCGGUUUGCCGUGUGCAGUUUCAAGGAUGCCUGGGACGAGGAGGAACCUGUUCCCCACAUGCAGGUUAAGGACCCCAAUCCUCAAAGACCACCAGCAGGGGAAGCCCAGGGUGAAGGGCUACAGGGCAGCCUCCUGCCUGGGGAAGCUCGAUCCACCCCAGGACAGAUGUCUGUAGAUGGGUCAGGGGAUAGCCCAAGGGGCACAUUAGGAGAUUCUUCAGGCAAGUCAGAGGAACCAGUCCCCUCUGAAGUGGAGAGCCUCCUAUGCCCAAUGUCCUCCUACCUCAGCCUGGCACAAGGCAAGAGUGCCAGCCAAGGGGAAAGCUUGGCAGGAGACUCAGAUCCAGGUAGAAUGCCAGCUAGCUUGGAAACUGGGGGGUUGGACAGCGACUCUGUGGACCCUGGAAGCCCUUUAUCUGAAACACCGUCACAGCUGCUGGAGGCAGACUCCAGCGGAUCCAGACUCCCUAAGCCUGCUGACUACCUCUUGGCCCAAGACAUCGCCUGGGAGCUGCUGGCCAGUGGCAUGGCUGCCCUGCCAGGGACUCGGGAUGUGGAAGGCCGGGCAGUGCUGCUCCUGUGUGCCCAUAGUCACACCUGGCUUCAUCCCAAGUGCAGCAGCCACGAACUCCUCCGUCUCCUGCUCUACUUGCGAAGCAUCCCCAGGCUUGAAGUACAAGCUCUGGGACUGACUGUGCUAGUGGACGCCCGAAUUUGUGCCCCCAGCUCUUCCCUCUUCUGGGGGCUCAGCCAACUGCAAGAAGCGGCCCCAGGGUCUGUGCACCAGGUGCUGCUGGUGGGAAAAAUGCCAGAGGAGGUGCCUUCAGGGCUGCAGCUAGAGCAGUUGUCCUCUCAUCAGAGCCUGCUGACCCACAUCUCCACGUCAUCGUUACCUGCUUCACUGGGAGGAGGCCUGCCUUACUGCCAUCAGGCCUGGCUGGAUUUCCGGAUGCGUCUGGAAGCCCUACUGCAGAGCUGCCAGGUGGUUUGUACCCUGCUUCACGGGGCCAUUGAGAACUUGAAGGCAAUGCCGCAGCCCAUGGAGACUGAGGAAGUUGGUCAGCUGCUACAGCAGGCUCGGGUCCUGAUGCAGCACGUGCUAGACUCACCACAGCGGGCAUGGUUGCAAUGCCAGGGGAGCUUGGAGCUGGCAUGGCUGAAGCAGGAGGACCCAGAGGUGACCCGGAGCCCAGAUUACAGGCCAGCAGUGGACAAGGUUGAUGAGCUCUAUGGCUGCGUGGAUGGGCUGCUGCACCAAUUGACCCUGCAGGGUAACCGUCGAGUACAGGCACUCGAGUUGGUCCAGACACUUCUGAAGGCAGAGGAGAGUGGCCUGCACCAGAUUGAAGUGUGGCUACAGCAGGUGGGCUGGCCAGCAUUGGAAGAGCCAAGGGAACCCUCACUGGACAUGCUGCUUCAGGCCCAAGGCCCUUUUCGGGAGCUGGACCGGGUUGCCCAGGAGCAGGUCAGGCGAGGGGAAAAGUUUCUGCAGCCACUGGCUGGCUGGGGAGCAGCUGAACUGGGACCCCUUGGGACCCGAUUUCUGGCCCUGCAAGACCGGCUGACUGAAUUCUCUAAGGCUUUGGCCCAGCGGCGGCGACGACUGGCAGAUGCUGAGAAGCUGUCGUGUUUUUUCAAGCAGGCCUCGACAUGGGCUGAGGAAGGGCAGCGGGUGUUGGCAGAGUUGGAGCAGGAGAGCCCAGGGGUUGUGCUGCAACGGCUGCAGCUGCAUUGGACCAAGCACCCUGACUUGCCUCCUGCCCACUUCCGAAAGAUGUGGGCUCUGGCCACGGGGCUGGGCUCCGAAAGCAUCCGCCAAGAGUGUCGCUGGGCCUGGGCACAGUGCCAGGACACCUGGCUCGCCCUGGACCAGAAGCUAGAGGCUGCAGUGAAGCCACCACCGGCGGGCAGCACGGCUAGCCUCUGUGUCAGCCGGGUCCCAGCUGCGCCUGCAGUGCCCCCUCUGCGGAAGGCAUACAGCCUUGAUCGAAAUCUGGGGCAGAGUCUCAGAGAGUCUGUCCACCACUGCCACCAUGCGGCCACGGUGGCUGCCUGCCAUAGACCAGAGAUUGGAUAUGGUGCCCAACCAGGGUCAUCCCCCACCAUGCCUCUGCCAGGCAGCUCUGACCCCAGGAGUCCCAACAGGCUCCAGCUGGUGCUGGCAGAGAUGGUGGCUACAGAGCGGGAGUAUGUCCGUGCCCUUGACUAUACCAUAGAGAAUUACUUUCCCGAGCUGGAUCGCCCUGAUGUGCCCCAGGGCCUCCGUGGCCAGCGUGCCCACCUCUUCGGCAACUUGGAGAAGCUGCGCGACUUCCACUGCCAUUUCUUCUUGCGUGAGCUGGAAGCCUGCACGCGGCACCCACCCCGGGUGGCCUAUGCCUUCCUGCGCCAUAGGGUGCAGUUUGGGAUGUAUGCGCUGUACAGCAAAAAUAAACCUCGUUCCGACGCCCUGAUGACCAGCUAUGGUCACACCUUCUUCAGGGACAAGCAGCGAGCGCUGGGGGACCACCUGGACUUGGCCUCCUACCUGCUAAAGCCCAUCCAGCGCAUGAGCAAAUAUGCACUGCUGCUCCAGGAGCUGGCACGGGCCUGCAGGGGCGCCGUGCAGGAGCUGAGUGCCCUGCAGGCCGCCCAGAGCCUGGUGCACUUCCAGCUGCGACAUGGCAAUGACCUGCUUGCCAUGGAUGCCAUCCAGGGCUGUGACGUGAACCUCAAGGAACAAGGGCAGCUGGUGCGACAAGAUGAGUUCACAGUGCGCACUGGGCGCCGCAAGUCCCUGCGCCGCGUUUUCCUCUUUGAGGAACUGCUGCUCUUCAGCAAGCCUCGCCGAGGACCCACAGGCAUCGACACAUUUGCCUACAAGCGCUCCUUCAAGAUGGCCGACCUUGGCCUCACUGAGUGCUGUGGGGAUAGCAACCUGCGCUUUGAGAUCUGGUUCCGCCGUCGCAAGGCCAGGGAUACCUUUGUGCUGCAAGCUGCCAGCUUGGCCACCAAGCAAGCUUGGACAGCUGACAUCUCCCACCUGCUUUGGAAGCAGGCUGUCCACAACAAGGAGGUGCGCAUGGCUGAGAUGGUGUCCAUGGGUGUGGGGAACAAAGCCUUCCGGGACAUCGCCCCUAACAAGGAAGCUAUCAACGACCGCACCAUCAACUACGUUUUAAAGUACCGAGAAGUUCGUUCUCGGGCCUCCAUUGCUGUGGCCCCAUUUGAAUAUGACAACCCCUACCUGGGGACUUCGAGCUCCCUUCCUGCAGACCCUGCCUCCUGCUCUGUACUGGGGUCCCUGAACCUGCACCUGUACAGAGACCCAGCUCUUCAGGGCCUCCGUUGGCCCCUGUAUUCUGCCAGCUUCCCAGAGGAGCCAGCGCUGGAGGCUGAAGUAGAGCUGGGCAGCCAGCCAUUCUUGACCCCUGAGGACUCAGAGGUCUCGUCCCAGUGCCCGUCAGCUAGUGGCUCCAGUGGCUCUGAUAGCAGCUGUGUGUCAGGGCAGGCCCUGGGCAGGGUCCUUGAAGACUUGUCCUAUGUCUGAGCUCAGGCUCGAAGGUGAGCAGUGGAUCCAGCAGCCUGUAGCUCCAAGG